UGCAGCUAGAUAAAUGCAAAGGUGAAGCCAAGACAUUUCUGUUCACAGCAGGAGACAUCAAAGGUUUAUUAAAAUCAUUCUCUCUCUUUUAUCCCAUGUGACUGCUGAUUAGUAUGGAUAAUUAUUUUGGGCCUAGCUCUGCCACCCUUGCUUGUGUUAAACACUUCCCUUGCUCCUCAAGUAGUCCCAGUAAACUCAGCAGGUCUGCUUGCAGAGUGCUGUUCGACUCAGUGGAAUUAAGGAUGGCAGCUUCGAGCCCUUUGUAUGCAGUAGUGGAGUGGCAAUUGCUAAUGGAUGACUGACUGCCCUGAAUGCAUCACGUCUUCCUAAGGUCUUCACCAUGUUUCCCAUGCAGGACAGACAGCUACCUCCUGUCUCCAGACCUGUGUGGGGAGGGGACAGGGUGGAACUUGCAUCACACCCUGCAUCCUCAUGACCAACCCAACUGAGGCUCCCAAGUACAGUAUUCUCAUGACAAAGAAGUUGUGUGUUGCUAUUUGGGGGCAGUGAAGUGGGUGGAGUUAGAAAGUAGCCCCGAGACGAGGCGCCUUGCCCUGUUCUGAGGAGAAUCCCUUUGAAUUUGGCAAGUGAGGAGGCUUUGAGGAUCAGAUUUCACAUAGGAUCAGUAGAUUGUUUUACCAAUAGGCAUGUAACAAGGAUCACCUGAUGUACUAAUGGGAGUUAGCUUCCACAGCACACACAACAGUAACCAGUAGGUGGUCAAAGCAUCCCUGUUCAGGAAAGCACUUAAGCCCUUGCUGAACUUUACAACUUGGGCUUAAGUACUUUCCUGAAUGAGAUAAAGCUAUUCUGAAUCUGCCUGACCUCAUUCUUUGUCUCCCUUGCUGCACCAUAUAGUGAGGCCAACAUUUUCAUACAUGGGUGUCUACAGCUAGGCACCUGAAUCCAGGUUUGUUUAUCAUUAUCAUUCUCUGUUUUACCGUAGUGCCUAGGCGUUCCAGUUGCAGACCAAGAUCCCAUGGGGCUGGGUACUGGACACGCAGCACAAAAAGACAGCCCGGCUGUAAGGAAUUGACAGUCUACAGCAAGAGACAAUAGAUGGGUACAGACAGGGGAGCACAAGGAAAUGGAGAGACAGGACUGGUCAGCAUGAUGGACAGGGUCUCAGCACAACAGCAGGCUCCAUUAACCUACAUAGGCACCUAAAUCAGCAGCCUGAUUUUCAAGCACUCGUUGACAACAGUCAAAUUCCUUAGAUUGGAUUUGCUUAGACUGUAAAUUCUCUGGGAGUGGGAGUAGUAAUAUCAGAGUUACUCCAAAUACACACUGAAGGGAGAGGACAGUCAGGCCCGGUGUGCACAGGACAGAUGACGUAGGGGAAUGAGGCACUCAGUGAACAGUGAGGGUGAAGAGAAUUUCUUGGAAAGCACUGAUUACAACCAGUGGAUUUAUUUUUAACCAGUGUAAUAAUCCAUUUCCCCCAAAGACCAUCACUGAGUAGUGGCCUUCCUCUUUGCUUGUUUGAAGAAGUUAUUUAAACAGAAAUGUCUCACCACUCCCUCGCUCACUGGGCACUGUCCAAACGUGUCCUGGCCAGGAGUGUGCAGUAGCGACAGUACACAAGCGUUUAAGGAAAGCCUCUCAGUGCGAGCACACAAAGGCACAGUGCGAAGGCUGUGGACUUGCCAUCUCCUGUGCGUCACUGCAAUUGAAAUGGUUUUUGAACACAGGUUUUCUUAGGGAAUCUGGAUGUAUAAAAAGAACCAUUCACACAUUUCAGGCACGUCCAUCGGGGUGUUAAGAUAUACGUGGUCUGGCCUUCAGAGGGGCUGAACCCCAGCAGUUCCCAUCGGCUUCUGCACCUCAGAAAAGCACUCCUGACAGGAAUGGCUAAAAGCAGUUAAAGGCCAAGGAGGGCCCAUUACUUACCCUGACCUCUCACCUUCUGUAAAGGGGGGUUAGGGGCUCCAGCUGCUCUUUCACUAUCUCCAUAUUUACACCGAUGAUGAUUUCAGCAUAACUGGCAACGUGAGAACAUUUUAGAUGCAUUCCAGGGGAAUAUGAAAAAUAUUCUUGCUGCAUGUAUGUAGGGCCUUUUGGGACACCAGAGCUGCUGAAAAUGUUACACACCCCUCUCCUUGCUUUGACCAGCCUUUGUUCUCUGGCCUUUUUUUCCCUUCCUAUCCUCUUUUCUCAUAGGAAGGGCAGGAUUUAUAAGGGCAUUUCAGAGCAACACAGAACCCCUGCAGACUAGGAGCGGCAGGCAAAAGAGCAGAUGGGUUUUCCAUCCAGAGAGGUUUUUAAAGAUUGGCAGUUGUGUAAAUCAACUAUGUAUCAACUAUCCUGAAAUAUAUCUGCACUUGCUCCAAGUCACUGGCCGCUCCUGGCUGCACCACUUCUUCAUUACAAGGUCACCCUGUGUCCCGAAGAUGAAUGUCAUCAUCUCAGCAUGUGUGACAUACUCCCGGUGUAUAUUUUCUAGUGAGAGAAAUGUGUCAAUCAACAGGAAUACACUGGGAAGUUUGAGGCCUUCCUGUCCCUGUACUCCAGUCAGCCAUGAGAUAAUGAGCAUUCUCCACAGGGCUUCCAUAUCUGCCAUUUCUCUCAUUGUGCAGUCAGUGUAUUCGGAGCAAAAAUAAACCAAUUCAUCAUGGGACUGGAUGCUUCAGGCGAUUGGUGGUGAGAGAUGGAACCUUUCACAUCUAAGACACAGUCCAUGGCAGUAGUAACUGAAAGCUGGUACCUUCUGGUGGGUGCUCAAUAGUCCAUGUGGAAUAAGGCUGUAAUCUCAAUCUAGUUCCUGGUGGGAACUUGUCCGCAUCACAAAACCAUCACUCUAGUCAGCACUAAUCAACACCAUGUUGGCAGAUAGUAGAAGGGCUAAAGAACAGAUGGGUAAAGAGGCACCUUUCAUCCCUACAGGCCAGGCCAUGGGCUACCGUAGGGGAAUCUUCCACCGCCACGCCUUGUGUUGGAUUUGGUCUGUGGAGCGAGGGCGUGAGUCUCCAAGUCCCUCAACCUGGCACAUUUCAUGAAUGCUAAAAACAAACAAACAAAACCCUGUCUAUCACCCUUGAGCAAAAGACAGAAGGGACUGUAUAACAACUCAAAAAGAAAAGGAGUACUUGUGGCACCUUAGAGACUAACAAAUUUAUUAGAGCAUAAGCUUUCGUGAGCUACAGCUCACUUCGAAAUAUAACAACUCAGUUCAUCUCCAGCAGCUGUUUACAUUGUGGCUGGAUUCAGAAAAACCCCACUCAAAAGCUUUUCCUGUACAGCUGUGGGCAGGAAAUUCUUAUGGAAACUGCAGGGAUCCUGGUACAUUUGGCUGGCUGCAUGAAAAUCUUUGCCUGUUUGCAUCUUAAAUAAGUACAUUUUAAACAAGGAAGUUGCCAGUUCUGGCUUGCCUGCAGACUGAAUGCUUCCAUCUGUAAAACUCGCUGAAAGUCACUGAGCAGCAUGAAGAAAAGGAGUACUUGUGGCACCUUAGAGACUUACACAUUUCCACCAGUGCUCAUGGAGGCAUUUCUGCAGGGCACCCUGCCGAGACUUCAGAGCUGAGUCAGGAGGGGCUGUAUCUGAGAUCUGCCCUUAAAGAUCACCAGGAGCAAUGUUUUUCAGUGAUAAGGCCAGCAGUGAGGGGGAUGUGAUUUUAAUCUAGAGAUGCAAAGCAGCCUCACAGAGCCAAUAAUUUAAGAGGCAGGGUACAGAUGCAUAACUUUGCAUAACAGGGGUACUGAGUUCUGGGAAAUAAGUAGAAACCAGUUUUUAAAUGUCUCACUUUGUUUUGUUAAUUUAAUCUAGGUUUUUGUCCUGUCAGACUUGGUAAGUAAAAUGGCUGCAUUUAUUUUGCCAGGUGGAAAAUCAAAUGAAUGCAUCUCAGAAGCCAACUGGAGACGGUCCUGUGUGUCCAAUUUUUGCUGGGUUAGUGGGUUUCCGGGAUCAAUAGAUUUUUAUUGGGUAGUUCCUACUUAAUCAUUAAAUCUUUCCUGACACUCAGAAUGAGCCCGAAACAUGAUAAAACACAAGAGGACAUUCAACCAAGUAGAUCAGUUGUUUGGACGAAUGCUCUUAACCCUCUCAGUCUGAAUAGAGACGGCUUGGUGCCCUGGGUUGGCUUUCAUAACUGCAGCCUGUUCAAUUCCAACUUCAGUAGGUUAACAGAUGGAAGCAGGGCCACAGGCCUGUCUACAUACAGGAGUUAUGCUGGUUUAUCUAAAGAGCGGUUUAAAACUGAUUAAUUCAUAGGCUAGGGCUUCACUGCCAAAAAGGUGUGUUUCUACAAGAUAGCUAACCUACAUUAGCGGUCUCCCUGCAAAAUCCUCAUGGAGACAAGGCAGAGGCCGAUUCUUUUAAAAACGUUUUUAACAGCCUGUCACAGUGUGACAGGCCCUUUAAGGGAAGAUGAACCCAGCCCCACCUGUGACUGAUCAGCUCGUUGCCUCCUAGGUGAAGCUGUGGGGCUAGGGAUCAGGUGAUCCCCUAGGAGCACCUGGGUCUUAUAAAGGCCAGUGAGUGCUCAGCUGAGCCAGAGAACUGCAGGGAGCACAUUGCUGAAGUAGAGGAAAGAUUCUGGCUAGUAAGUGAUCACCAGGCAGAUGACCUUGUGAGUGAGAACUGUAGGUGUCCUGGGGUCCAAGCAAGGACCGGAAGGGCUGAGAGAGGUGAGGGGGAAAUCUUUGGGCAUUCGAGCCUAUGUGGGGCAGAGGACAUGCUUUAUUUGGGUAUUUUGCUUGUGUGUUCAGUUUAACUAGUAAACUGGGCUCUGAGGCAUAGCCUGACGCAAACUCUGGCACAGCAAUGAUCCUUCAGUUGCUGGUAAGGCUGCUUACACGGCCCUGUAUGUGAACAAGCUGCUCUGUGCUUUGCACCGUCCCUGCAUGAGAAGCUGUGUGUCAAAGCUCAGCUGUGAGACUCCGUUUAAUUUUGUGGUCUGCUGCUCAUGAAGACAACAUCCUCUCCCUCUAACCUCAAGGCAGUCCCUACAGUGACAAAGCAGCAAGCUAUGCUCCCUCCGGCUGAACCAGCAUAGAAGCAGCAGUGAGAGUUUAAAAGGGACAUCUCCUGGACCUUGUGAAAUGCUGAGCCUCCCUUAAGGACAUAUAAAGAGAUGUUGCACCCUGAUUCCACUAAUAGAGACACUCCAUAAAUGGAACAAUUUAGUAAAUGCUUUCCCUCUAAAUGAGCUUGUUGGCAGAUCCCUCAGAAGUAUCCAUCACACCAUAGGCCUGCUCUGACAAGCGACUCUAGAAAUGGAACCAUGGGGCUCUGGGUUUAUUGUCCAUGGUUUCCGUAAUAAAUGUGCUGAGUUGAAAAGUAAGAUUGCUAGCCUGCCCGCUGAACCUUGCAUGGCAGAGUCAAGCUGGGUUCUUUCCUUCUUGCGCAUCAUCACCACCACCAAUAAAGAUGCUGCCACCCAAAUUGUCUGCCCUUUGUUGCAUCCGUGCACCCCCCCCCCCGCCUUCAAUAAGCAGGCUGGACUUUACUACAUCGCUCUGGGUGAUGCAUGAGAUGGGAUAGACUCCAGCUGAGUGGCCGCUGCAGAGGUAAAGUGCAAUAACUGCUUAUUUUUGUAGCUGAACUGAGCGGAACUGUCUUUGAGUUCACACGGUGUAGGAGGCAAGAAAGGACCCCAUUUUAAGGGUCCUUUCCCCCUCCUUUAAACCCACCAGUCAAGGCUCUGUUUUAAAGAUGCCAUCCUUCCUGUUGGAGGACUAGGCAAAGGAUUCGCUCUGGAGCGUCUCAUUUCUGCGCCUUACUCUGCCAGGGUGCCUGUUGAUGAAUUACAGAAGACGCACCUUUGCCUCUUAGAUUGCUGUCAGGGUGGUGCCCCCACAGCUCCCCCACUUUACACUGGCAUGAGAGUGGAAGCCAGAUUCUGAUCUCUGUUCCCUUGGUUCAGUGUGAAUACGAAGUUCCUUUGUCCGGGUCAUGGAGCGCACUCUGCGCUCACACCAGCAUAACUGGGAUCAGUACCCUGCCCCAGAGACCAUGAGUCACAGCCCAGUCUCUAGUGUGGCAGUGCUAAGCCGUGGGCUGGCCCUACCGUUUUCAAACCGCUCUUUGAUGGGAAUGAAAGAAGAUCCCUUCCCCACGCCCACGUGCAGGCUGAGAGCCGGCUGCACAUUGCAAAUGGGCACUGAAUACCGGCCUGUGGUGCUGGUCUCUAUAUGGAGGGCGGGGAGGAUUGCACACCUAAUGCUAAUCUAAACAGAACAGUUUGGGGAUUUUCAUGCUCCCUGGUCCUGUCGCCAAGCCCCAGACUGCUCGCUGAGCUACCCCGGGGCACCAGAUACUGUGCAGCGAGUCUUAAAAGUGGCUUGCUUUAGCCCCCUCCCUACGCGUGGCUGGAGACGCCAUGACAACAGUGAGCGAACAGUGGCUGCUUAUGCAGCCUCAGAACCCUGCCAGCUCACAGGGUGCCCUGCCCCUUGGCUCGGCCCAGGGGAACGAUGACUUCAGGGAGCCAAGUGACGCACCUUCUCACUGGGCAAAGCAGCUGCAGCGAGGAGAACAAUGCAGAGGAGACCGGGGCGAACGCUGGCAGCGGGGGAAAGGGGUCCGGGCCGAACAGUUCCAUCUCUUUGCCAGGGCAGCAGGACGAGAGGCCUGGUGCUGCUAUGGCUGUGCAUUUCCCGCUCCCCAGCAGCUGGAUGUGGUACGCAGGUGACACCAUCUAGUUCCCUGCAGGCGUUUGCAGCUGUGGGGGAAUUCCCCUGGGUGGUGUCGAUACAGGACCUACAGCACAAGCACCUGGCCUUUGGCUCCAUCCUGAGCGAGCACUGGAUCCUGAGCGCUGCAUCCAGCUUUCAGACAAGGCGUCCGGCUUUCGCCGGGGUUGGUAUAACGGAUCUGAACAAGCAGAGGAAGACCCAGCGCCCGUACUCCAUCAGCACCAUCAUUCCCCAUGAAGACUUCAACGAAAUCACACUGGACAAGAACAUUGCCCUGCUGAAGAUGGCCACCCCAGUAGAGUUCAGUGAUGCUGUUCAGCCCAUCUGCUUCCCCAGCAGGAACCUCACCGCAGCCACCCUGGAGAACUGCUGGGUGUCAGGGUGGGUCCACCCCACGGCAGGAAGACGCACGGCAGCAAGCUUUCUAAGGAAGCUCUCAGUAGUGGAUGUGGAUCCCUGCCCCUUGAAGAGAAUUGUUACAACCGAGUGCAGCAGCCACAGGGACUCCGACAACGUGACUGGAUGUUUGGGGGACCCAGGAAACCCAGUCAUGUGCCAGGCUAAGGGAACUGGAGACUGGGUUCUGAAUGGAGUGCUGAGUCAGGGCGGCAUGCGAUGCUAUGGACCGUUUCUCUACACCAAAGUGGCCUAUUACAGCGACUGGAUUUCAGCCACAACAGCUGACGCAGGAGUUCCCAUAUAUCCCACUUUUGCCAGAGGACGCUCCGCUUUCCAAGCGCCGGCUGAGGAUUUGGAAGGUUCGUUUGAGCCAGCAGAGAAGGUGUUUCAAUCCUCAGUCAUCUCGGAAGCUGGGUCUGACCACGGCCAAGCCAAGCAGCGACCGAAGGACACCAAGCCCGCCCAGGAAGGGCUAGCCAGGGCUUACACCAAGUCUGACCCAGUGUACUAUGACUACUACAGUGGGGAAACGCUCCCCAUUUCUAAGGGGAGCUUACAUCAGCCGCAGAUCCUCAUGGAAAUGAGUGCUGUUUUCCUUCUGCUCAGGCUCCUCUUUUACUAG